GGAGCCGCCGAGGAGGAGUCGGCCGGUUUCCGCUGUCUCCCGCGUCCGUUCAAAGCCAGGAGCCCGUCGCGUCCGGAGGAAGGAUGCGGGCUGGCCGAGCGGCAGCCUGAGGGAGUUGCCGUGACUGGAAGGACCGUCCUCUUCAACGAGGAGAAAAUAAAGCAGACAUGAAAAGUACUCCACGCUUCAGUUUAGGAUGCUGGACUAGGCAGGAUAUGCAAAUUAUCCUCCUGGUGGGAUUGACUGUGCUUCUUCCUGCCUGUGUACAAGCUGGAGGAAAGUCCUACACUGGACCAUGUGCAGGGAGAGACUGCAGUGGGGGCUGUGAAUGUUUUCCAGAAAAAGGAGCUCGUGGCCAGCCAGGAUUGCUUGGGCAACAAGGACCCCCUGGACCAUCGGGAGUGAUGGGCAUACCGGGACUUUCAGGGCACAAAGGGGACAAAGGUGAACGAGGUAGACCUGGCAUUACUGGACCCAAAGGAGAAGCGGGACAAAGAGGAGUCACAGGGUUUCCCGGUGCAGAUGGAAUUCCUGGUCAUCCAGGUCAGGGAGGAUCAAGAGGAAAACCAGGCCAUGAUGGUUGCAAUGGGACCAAGGGAGAUCCAGGUCCACAGGGAAUUCAGGGACCUGCCGGGACUCCUGGGUUUUUUGGAAUCCAGGGACCCAAAGGUCAGAAGGGGGAGCCUUUUGCACUGCCUGAAGAAUUAGCUAUACAGUUCAGGGGAGACCCUGGUGACUCAGGCGUGGUUGGCUUCAUGGGACCUCAAGGUGCUCCUGGACUGUUGGGUGAACCUGGUCUGGAAGGAGACUCAGGUCUUCCUGGACUUCCAGGACCCCCAGGACCUCCAGGGCCCAUUGGCAAUAGAGGUCUUGGCUUUUAUGGAAAGAAGGGUGAAAAGGGUGAAAUUGGACCUCCUGGUCCACCUGGGUGUACAUCAACAGGAGAAUUCGUUGGUUCAAUAGAUGAAAUUCUAAAUGAACACAAGGGAAUGAAAGGAAACAAAGGAAUGAUAGGAGAACCUGGAUUUCCAGGUUUUCCUACACAAGAAGCAGAAAAGGGAGAAGAAGGAAUAACUGGCUUUCCAGGACAAAGAGGUUUGCCAGGAAUCAAUGGCCUAAAAGGAGCUGAAGGGGAUGUGGGUACCCCAGGAAAUUAUGGAUUCCAGGGCAAUCCUGGCCAGAAAGGGAUGAAGGGAGACCCUGGAGAUAAAGGAAUCCGAGGGCCACCAGGUCACGCACAACAUCCCACACUUAUAAAAGGUGUACCUGGUGACCGGGGAUUGGAUGGCAUCCCAGGCCCCGAGGGAGAGAGAGGAACCAAAGGCAGUCCUGGUCCACCUGGUGCAGAAGGAUCAUUCGAUGGUGUUUCUGAGAGAAGAGGCUUUCCUGGAGAAAUGGGCCCCAAAGGUUUUAUUGGCGAUCCUGGUUUCCCAGCUAAUCGUCCUGGUCCUCCCGGUUUAGAUGGUGAACCUGGAACACCUGGCUUUCCUGGCCCCCCUGGCCCCCCAGGAAGUCCAGGUUAUUCCGUUGGGCUGAAGGGAUAUCCAGGAGUUCCAGGUCCUGCAGGCCAGCAAGGUUAUCCAGGCCCACAAGGACAAAAAGGACUGAAAGGUGAUACAGGAGAUUGCAAAUGUGUUGAACAGAUCGAAGGAAGAAGGGGUCCUGCAGGACAACCUGGUCCUCCAGGAUUCCAAGGUCCAAUAGGAUAUGUUGGGAGAAAAGGGGAAUUAGGAGAUCAAGGCUACCAUGGACUUCCAGGCUUUACUGGUGGAAAGGGGUUACCUGGUGAACCUGGACCAUCUGGACCAAAGGGGAUAAAGGGGGAUUCCCAGUAUGUUACCAUAAAAGGUGCCAAAGGAGAGCCAGGAACUCCAGGAAUUCCUGGAAGUCAAGGAGAAGAUGGUUCACCAGGCAGGAAUGGCAUAGAUGGUUUACCAGGGUUUCCUGGUCUUCGGGGUGAUGGCAUAAGAGGAGGACAAGGGGAUCCUGGUAGUGCAGGCCAGCCAGGCCCAAAAGGUUUUCCUGGUGAAACUGGUCUGCCUGGUGUGAGUUUGCCCGGUCCAAAGGGAUAUCGUGGUCCUACAGGUGACCUUGGCACAUAUGGAAACCCUGGCUUUCAAGGCCCUCCUGGCCCUCCAGGCACUCCUGCUCGGACAGAAUGUGGGCAAACACAGGACCACUUUCUUAGAGAUAAUAGAACAGAAUCAAUUCAUUCAGGGACCAGUUGUGUUAUGGCCCCCAAAGGAGCUCCGGGGUACCCAGGACCACCUGGACUACCAGGUGCAAAGGGUACAAAAGGGAUUCCUGGUGAAUUUGGUUUGCAUGGACCUCAAGGACCUCAAGGACUUCAAGGGGAUCAAGGUCGUGGAGGUGCAGGUUCACCAGGAUUCACUGGACCCAGAGGAAGCAGAGGUGCCCCAGGAAUCCCUGGGGAAAGGGGACUUCAAGGAAAUCCUGGUUUGCCAGGUUUGCUAGGCCGCCUUGGGGAAAAGGGGCUUACAGGUGAUGUUCUAGGAGCACCACCAGGCUUUCCUGGAGACAAUGGGCCACCUGGAUUCCCAGGAACAAAAGGCUUACAAGGAGAUCAAGGCUUACCAGGAAUUAAAGGAAGAGAUGGCUUCCCUGGUCUCUCUGGAUCCAAAGGGAAUCCUGGUUUUCGUGGGCCCACUGGCCUGACCGGUAUCCGAGGACCACCAGCAACAUUUGGAUUCCCCGGACUCCCAGGCCAGCAAGGGUCUCUGGGUAGAAAAGGCUCACAAGGAUUUGUUGGAUCCCCUGGUGUCAGAGGAGAACCAGGAGAGCCAGGGAAAGUUGGUCCUGUAGGGAUGAAAGGUCUGCCAGGGGACAAAGGUGGACAGGGCUUUAUUGGAACUAAAGGAAAGGCUGGGGAAACGGGUCUCCCUGGAACGGCUGGAAUGCCUGGUUUCCCAGGUCUUAAAGGUUCUAAAGGAUCUCGUGGCAUUGGAGGUUUCAGUGGUGCUAUGGGGUUCAAAGGAUGGCCAGGACAGAAGGGAAUCUAUGGAGAGAAAGGCCUCCCUGGGAAGCAAGGUGCUAAAGGGCCAUCUGGGGAAUUCGGAUUAAAAGGAUUCCCAGGGCAGUUUGGAGAACAAGGUACACCUGGAGAUCCAGGUAUUCCUGGGGCUUCUGGUGACAGAGGAAAUGUUGGAAACAUUGGCCUUCCAGGAAGAAAAGGUGUGCAUGGGAGCAAAGGACUUCCUGGAUUAGAUGGUUUGCCGGGUUCUAAAGGCUUGCCAGGAUCACCAGGUCCAGAUGGAUAUGGCACAUCGGGUUUUAUAGGUGCUUUGGGUGAGAAGGGUCCAGCAGGAGACCCAAGUCCCAUUGAAGGCAGUAGAGGACCUCCUGGCCAGAAGGGGCAAAGAGGGGAUCCAGGAUGGAGAGGUUUAGCUGGCGCUCCUGGACCAGAUGGAAGACCAGGAUUUCCUGGAGUCUCCAAUAUAUCUGGUAUACCUGGUGAUGUGGGUUCACCUGGUUUUGAUGGAGUACCAGGUUACCCUGGAGUUCCAGGGAUUCCAGGCACACCUGGCUCAUUUGCCAUCAAAGGAGAAGAGGGAUCAAUAGGAGCGGCUGGAGAAGAUGGUCUAAAAGGAAUAAAAGGAGCCCAGGGCCCAGACGGAAGACCUGGAAUAUCAGGCUUGCCUGGCGCAAAAGGAUAUAAAGGUGAACAAGGAGUCAUGGGCUUUAUUGGCCAAACAGGAAUUUCUGGUGACUUUGGUCCCAUAGGACCUAAAGGAGAUAGAGGCCCCACUGGUUUUCAGGGACCUCCAGGUUCCCCCGGAUUGCCACCUUUACUUCCUAAACUGGUUGCUGAGCGAGGGGCCUCAGGAGCCCCUGGGAAAAUAGGCCCCCACGGCCCUGCAGGUGAAAUGGGUCCUCAUGGUCCCCCAGGAGAUCCAGGUUUUAGAGGCCCGAUAGGCAAACCAGGAGCACCAGGAAGAGGAGGCAUAGCUGCAACUCCAGGCUUCAGAGGUGAUCAAGGAGGACAAGGACUGCACGGCCUAGCAGGCUUUGAAGGUGCAGCAGGUGCUCCUGGUACUCCUGGUAUUCCUGGUAUGCCAGGCCGCAGUGUUAACAUAGGUUAUCUUCUUGUGAAGCACAGCCAAUCUACUCAAGAGCCAAUGUGUCCAGAGGGCAUGAGGCAACUUUGGAGCGGCUACAGUUUAUUGUACUUUGAAGGACAAGACAAAGCACACAACCAGGAUCUCGGGCUGGCUGGGUCAUGUUUGGCUCGAUUCAGCACCAUGCCUUUCCUUUACUGCAAUCCGGGAGACGUCUGCUACUAUGCAAGUCGUAAUGAUAAAUCCUACUGGCUCUCAACCACAGCCUCUCUUCCAAUGAUGCCUGUGGUAGAAGAAGAAAUCAGGCCUUAUAUCAGUCGCUGUUCUGUCUGUGAAGCUCCUGCUCUUGCCAUUGCUAUUCACAGCCAAGAUGUUACUAUUCCUCACUGUCCUGAAGGAUGGCGCAGUUUAUGGAUUGGUUACUCUUUCCUCAUGCACACUGCAGCUGGUGCCGAAGGAGGAGGGCAGUCACUGGUUUCUCCAGGUAGCUGCCUGGAAGACUUCAGAGCCACACCAUUCAUUGAAUGCAAUGGUGCUCGGGGGACCUGCCACUACUUUGCAAACAAAUACAGCUUUUGGCUUACCACCAUUGACCAUCAUUUUCAACACUCACCUUCUUCAGAUACUCUCAAGGCUGGACUCAUCCGAACACAUAUAAGCAGAUGCCAAGUGUGUAUGAAAAAUUUGUAAAAUAACCCCCUCCCGCCCACCCCCCCAAAAAAAGAAAUAAGUCACUUUAAAGUGGCAUGGAUUAGAUUUUGUUGGUGCUUAUUUAACUUAUUACCUCAUCGUUUGAACACCAUUGUUAUCUGGAAGAACAAACACUGCAAGUACAUAUAACCAAGCAAUUGUUCAGCCUUUGUUCAUGUAUUUGUGAGUUUGCUUUUAUAUGCUGCAAAUAAUACAGUCAGUUAUGGGAAUAAAACAAUAGACAUAGUUUCAUUAUUAAAUACAGUUGCUGUCAUUUAAGUCUGAUUUACUGUCAAAUGAUAUUUAUCUUUUUUUUCAAUGUAUUACUGAACACUACUAACUCUUAAUCAUUAAGUAUUAAAUAUUUAAAAACAAAUGCAAACUAUGUUAGAAUUUAGGAUUUUAAACUGUAUUUAGCAAACUCAUAUUGUUAAAAUGCAAAUGCCAUUUCAACAUCCUCAAAACUGUCAAAAAAUAAGCUGUAUGCUUGCUCUAAGGGAGUCCUGUUUUAGCUGAGGUCUUUGGUUACAAAUCCAACAGAACUACAAUUUUUGUAACUGAAGGAAACAUGCAUGGAAUAUACUUUUGUUAUAUUUCAAGGCCUUUAUUUUUAUACAUUGUUACUUUAUUAAACACCAUGUUGCUAUUAGCGCGUAAUUAUUUCAAAAGUCUGCAGAGAAUGAACAAUAAGCUUAUUUAUGUGUCACUUGACUUUUUUUGACUGCAAUCUUAUAUAAUUCUAUGCAAUACCCUCAAUGGAUAGACAUAGCCCAUUAGACCAGAAUUCACGUAUCUUAAUAUUACUUUAGCGUGGCUUGGAGAUAAACUAUCUAUGGCCUUUUAGAUGUUUAUAUUCUAGCUGGAUUGAUGAGAGAUGGUGGUUUGAAAUCCAUAUCUGAAGGUACUUUGCCUAAUUCUGUUCAGCCAUUGCUGGGUAUCGCAGAAUCUAUGUGAUAAUAAUCUCAUAAUU